AUGCUGUUGAUGUCCUCAUCGAAUCUUUUGUUUGCCUUGCUCGGUCUGGCUACCAUCGCUCAAUCAUGUCGCUCCUCGGUGUGGGCCAUCGGACUCAGCGCCAAUCAAACACUUGAGAACCACUUCAAAGCUAUAGGUCGCCCGCUCCUCGUCCAAGAACGCAGACUGGAUUUCAAUGGAUAUACCGCCUCUAUCUUGGGCAACGACAAAGCGACACUCAGGGCGAUUCGUAGCGACCCAAAUGUUGGGUUUAUGGUCAAGGUUCCUCAGGAUUAUUUCCACAAGUUCGACUUGUUCCUUGAAGCUGGCUGGGAUGAAGAAGAAGACGACGACAUUCACUACGAGAAAUUGCUUCCGGACUAUCAAUGGACCGAACUGCAGCCCCGAGACCCAGAAAUUAUUGAAUCCUUUGGAGGAAGAAGGGCGCCUCUGGAGUGGGAGGUCAAACUCGAAGAAGGCUACGCUCUUGACGUGCACAUCAACACCAUCACCCAACUGAAUCCAAGUGCCGUAUAUUCGAGAGAAAGCUCUUAUCGCAAGGAGACGCACAUCCUGACGUUCCGAUCCGAAGAACAAGAAAGAAAAUACUUGUCGUUGGUUUAUGAUGACCCCCGCGUCGAAGCCGUCUGGCCGAGUCGUUGUUACCAACCUGAGAUCACAUACUUCAUCGAGGUAGACGGCGAGCUUGUUCCGGGGUGGAAGGAUCCUUGUCUCUGGAAGUUAGGGUACCGCCAAUGGGACAAGGUAGGUACUCAAGCUCUACUGGAAGGCAGUACUCCUAAUCAAAUCUCGAAACAGGAGCCAGUCUCCAGCAAAGAAAGCAAGCCUGACAUAGUCUGGCAUGGAACGAUUAAACAACCUUCAUGGGAUACUCCUCCUGCUGCGUGGAAACGUGAGCGCUUUUGGUUCGCAUGGAAACGAGAAAAAGAGGCACUAGCUCUUGCAAAAGAUAUAGAGGAGGGAGGCAGGAAAUUUGCUGCGAAGCUAAUGAAGACAUAA